ACUAAUUUGAAUGUUAGUUUGUUGUUGGGGAGGAAUCAGACAAAAAACAGGGAGUCUUUGAUUUUCCUUUUGUUUUUAGGGAAAAUAAAGCAAGAAGUCAUAGAGAAAGUAAAUUGAAGAUUGGUUUUUUUCAUUGUUUUCUUCAUUUGGGUACUCAUGAUUGAUUCAAUUUAGUGGUUUUUCUCAUCUGGGGAAUCAUGAUUUCUCUGAGUAUGCUGAUUUGGAGAGGAAUUGCAUUGUAGGGGAAUUGCAUUGUAGAGGAUAAUGAGCAAGGAACAUAGCAGCAUGGUGAGGGCGUGGGAGGCCACGGUGAGGAAAACCCAAGCGGCCAAAAAGCGUGCCAACAACAUUUUCGCAACGAUAUCAGUGGCACAUGCCGACGACGACAAUGAUGUUGAUGAGAAAAUCGUGGGCAGCACUGGGGAGCCGUACCAUGCGGAGAAAAUUUUGCCAAAUGGGGAUUACUAUACAGGGCAGUGGUAUGAUAAUUUCCCCAAUGGACAUGGGAAGUACCUUUGGACGGAUGGCUGUAUGUACAUUGGAGAGUGGUAUAAGGGGAAGACAAUGGGGAAAGGGCGGUUCACUUGGCCGUCUGGCGCUACCUAUGAGGGGGAAUUUAAGAGUGGGUACAUGGAUGGAACAGGCACCUACACAGGACCAUCUGGGGAUAGUUAUAAGGGUCAAUGGGUGAUGAACUUGAAACAUGGACAAGGUGCGAAGAAUUAUACUAAUGGGGAUAGCUACGAUGGGGAAUGGCGGCGAGGGUUGCAGGAAGGAAUUGGGAAAUAUCAAUGGAGUGAUGGGAAUAAUUAUAGUGGAGAAUGGAAGAAUGGGGUAAUUCAUGGAAGGGGGACAUUUGUGUGGAGGAAUGGGAAUAGGUAUGAUGGGUAUUGGGAAGAUGGGGUUCCAAAAGGGAAUGGAACAUACAAAUGGCCAGAUGGGGGUUUCUAUGUGGGGAAUUGGAGUAAGGAUCCUACUGAACAGAAUGGAACAUAUUACCCUUCCUCCUCAGGGUCCUCCCUAGGUGGGAACUUAGAAUGGAGCCCUCAAGAUGUGUAUAAUGUUGAAUUAGUCGAUUGCCGGGUUUGUCCACUGGAGAAGGUUUUAAUCCUGCCAUCACAGAAGAAGCUAGCAGUCUGGAAUUCGACAAAGGGAAUGGAGAAGCCUAGGAGGAUGUCAGAUGAUGGCAGGGUUAGCGUGGGAGUGGAGAGAGCAUUUGAAAAAAUGAGUUUGCAUCAUGAUGAUAACAACCCCAAGUUUAAUGUUGGCAAGCCCUUGAGAAUGCCGAAGCCAGGAAAGAGACAAGGAGAAACAAUCUCCAAAGGACACAAGAAUUAUGAUCUUAUGCUCAAUUUGCAGCUAGGUAUCAGGCAUUCAGUUGGAAGACCUGCUCCAGCUACAUCUCUUGAUUUAAAGGCUUCAGCUUUUGAUCCCAAGGAAAAAAUAUGGACAAGAUUUCCUCCUGAAGGAACAAAAUACACACCACCACACCAAUCUAUUGAAUUUAAAUGGAAGGAUUAUUGCCCUGUAGUUUUCAGGACUUUGAGGAAGCUGUUCAAGGUAGAUCCAGCUGAUUAUAUGAUAUCUAUCUGUGGGAAUGAUGCUCUUCGGGAACUAUCCUCUCCUGGUAAAAGUGGUAGCUUCUUUUACUUAACUAAUGACGAUCGUUACAUGAUAAAGACAAUGAAGAAGGCAGAAGUAAAAGUGCUCUUAAGAAUGCUUUCAGCCUACUACAAUCAUGUUCGGGCAUUCGAGAACACUUUGGUGAUCAAGUAUUAUGGUCUGCAUUGUGUAAAACUGACUGGUGCAGCUCAGAAGAAGGUACGGUUUGUCAUAAUGGGAAACCUUUUACGUUCUGAAUACACCAUUCAUAGGCGCUUUGACUUGAAAGGGUCUUCCCUUGGCCGGAUAACAGUUAAGCCAGAGUGUGAUAUUGAUGAUACCACUAUACUUAAAGAUCUUGAUCUUAAUUUCAUAUUCAGAUUACAGAAGACAUGGUUUCAAGAGUUUUCUAGGCAAGUAGAUAGAGACUGUGAGUUUCUUGAACAGGAGAGAAUUAUGGACUAUAGUCUUUUGAUUGGUCUUCACUUUAGAGAAAUAUCAGCUAAUGGGGAGAUUGUUCCCCGUGCACCACAUACACAAUCUGGAAGUACUGAUAAUGUGGCAAGCCCCCAUAUUACUAGAGCAGACAUGGAUCAGCUUCUUCUUAAUCCUGAGAGGUGGUCUAGUAUAAAAUUGGGUAUUAACAUGCCAGCACAUGCAGAAAGAACUGUGAGAAGAACCGACUGUGAAUUUCAGCUGGUAGGAGAACCAACCGGAGAGUAUUAUGAAGUUAUUAUUUUCUUUGGCAUCAUAGACAUACUUCAAGACUAUGAUAUCACCAAGAAGCUUGAGCAUGCGUACAAAUCCAUUCAUUAUGACCCAACAUCCAUAUCAGCUGUGGAUCCAAAGCAAUACUCAAAACGCUUCCGAGAUUUCACAUUUAAGAUCUUUGCAGAAGAUAGUUGAAGAAUCAACUUAAGCUGGAGCAACAGAUCCAUUUUUUAACUAGGACAUGCCUCCAACUUGAAUCACCCUAAGGAGGAUCAAGAGGGGGUAGCAAUAGAUCUGAACAUUCAAAUGGUUUGAAUUGAUUGAUAUUUAUGGUCUCCCUUCAUUCGUAUGAUGAUUUAUAAAGUUAUAUAUCAUAUAAAUUUUUUUAUAGACAAGUGAUGGAGGAAAUUUUCUUAGGGAUUUUUGGUAUUUGUUCCAGUUCAAUUGUAUAUAGAGAGGAUGGUACUGGAUCAAUCACACUUGU